AUGUCCGACGAGGAGAAGUUAUCCAACCUCGAGGAGAGCAAUGUGGACGCCAAGACUCUUGCCAAUAGGAAAAAGAGGGAGAAGAAGAAGGCUAAGGCCGCCGCUCAGAAGAGUGAUAAAGAGGGUGGUAAGAAGAUGAGCGCUGCGGCUAAGUUGGCAGCAGCGCGGCUCGAAGCCGCUCGAGAGGCCGAGGAGGAACGGAAACGUCUUGAGGAGGAGGCCCAGAGGAAGGCCGAGGAAGAGGAACGACUCGCGGCUGAGAAGGCCCGAAAGGCACAGGAGGAGAAAGAGCGAAAAGCUGCUGAGAAGAAGGCGCGACGAGAGAGGCUCAGAGCUGAGGGAAAGCUGCUAUCGAAGAGGGAGAAGGAACAGAAGGCCAAGGCGGACGCGUAUCGGCAAAUGCUUAUUGAGAGCGGCGCUGUUGCGGCGGCGGCGAGCUCUGAUGAGGGCAGUGGUGACAAGCCGAAGAAACAGAGCGAUUUGUAUGGGAAGAAGAAAAGUCAUAAACACAAGAAACAACCAAGUCGAGUGGAGGAGAGCGUUGCCUCUUCUACUCCUGAUGACGAGGAUGUGGACGAUUGGGAAAAGAGGGCUGAGGACGUCACUGAUGCCGACAAGAAGAGCGAAUCGGCUGAGUCGGUGGACGAUUGGGAGCUCCUGGAUGAGGACUCUGAUGAUGAGAAGGUCGAAGCUUAUCCAACUCAUAUUAAGAACAAGCCUCAGAAGAAGCAGGAAGAGGAGGUAGAUGUUAAAGGCAAAUUCGCAGCAGCUGAUCCUCUCGCCGUCUUCGACUCCUCCGCCUCGGAGUUCCGUUCUCCCAUCUGUUGUAUUAUGGGCCAUGUUGAUACUGGUAAAACCAAGCUUCUGGAUAAAAUACGUCGGACCACCGUACAAGAGGGUGAAGCUGGUGGCAUUACUCAGCAGAUUGGCGCGACCUUUUUCCCGGAGGCCAGUUUGCAGGAUGCUGUCCAUAAGGUCAAUUUGACCAGUCGUGGCGCUAAUGUUGAUCUCAAAGUACUUCCCGGUCUGCUGAUCAUCGAUACACCCGGUCAUGAGUCCUUCAACAACCUUCGUGUUCGCGGCAGCUCCUUAUGCGAUAUCGCUAUCUUGGUCAUCGAUAUCAUGCACGGUCUGGAGCCUCAGACUAUAGAGAGUCUGGAGCUGUUGCGGAAUAGGAAGUGCCCUUUCAUAAUCGCGCUUAACAAGAUCGAUAGGUUAUACCAGUGGAGAUCGUCGGCGAAUCGGCCCUCUCGAGACAGUCUGAAGGCUCAGAAGGACUAUGUCAAACAUGAGUUCGAUGAUCGUCUCAAACGUAUACAACUGCAGCUAUCCGAGCGAGGCCUCAACACUGCGGUGUACUGGGAGAACCACGACAUCCGUCGAGACGUUAGUAUUGUCCCGACCUCGGCAGUCACUGGUGAAGGUGUUCCGGAUCUCCUCUACCUUAUUGUUAAACUUACGCAAACUUUGAUGGCCAAGAAAAUUACUAAGCAACCGAGUCUAUUCCAGUGUACUGUGCUGGAGGUGAAGAACAUUGAGGGUUUGGGUACUACCAUUGACGUCAUCCUGGUCAAUGGACAGAUUAAGGAUACGGAUCAGAUCUGUGUGUGUACUCUAGCUGGGCCUGUCAUUACUACGAUAAGGGCUCUACUCACGCCUCCACCAGCUAAGGAGAUCCGAGUGAAAUCCGAAUAUGUUCAUCAUAAAGUCAUCAAUGGUUCGAUGGGUGUAAAGAUAUGCGCUCCUGGUCUCGAGGAGGCUGUUGCUGGCACACAGCUGAUUGUGAUGCGGCCUGGUGAUGAUGCUGAGGAGGUUAAGAGGAGGGCUAUGGCGGACUACAAGGCUGUAGUGAAUGAGUUCAAGAAGGCCCCUGAGGGCGUGUAUGUGAAGGCCUCUACUUUGGGUUCUCUCGAGGCCCUUUUGGAUUUCCUCAAGACUAGUUCUAUUCCUGUGAAUCAAGUAGGCAUCGGUGAGGUCCACCUUAUGGACGUCCGAAAGGCGUCAAUUAUGCUAGAGAAAAAGAAGGAGUAUGCGGUGAUACUAGCCUUCGAUGUGAAGGUGUCACCAGAGGCCAGGGACGAGGCAGAGAAGCUGGGUGUUAAGAUAAUGACCGCUGAGAUCAUUUACCAUCUUUUCGACCAAUUCACUGCCUAUAUGAACCAAAUAAAGGAGGAGAAACGUCAGCAAGUUCAGGAAGAUGCGGUUUUCCCAGUGGUCCUCAAUAUCAUACCACAGUAUGUCUUCAACAAGAAGGACCCUAUCGUGGUUGGUGUGGACAUCUCUGAGGGCACUCUACGACUGAACACACCUCUGUGCGUGCCCGAUAAGGAGUUCUUGGAAAUUGGUCGAGUCGCUAGCAUUGAAAAGGACCAUCGGCCCGUUGAAAAGGCCAUCAAGGGCGACAGUGUCGCCAUAAAGAUUCAACCGACGUCGGCCCAGGCCCAUGUCACUUAUGGUCGCCACUUCGACUCUACCAAUGCCCUCAUGUCUCGCAUCAAUCGCAGGACCAUCGACUGCUUGAAGGAGAACUUCAGGGAGGAUAUGCGGAAAGAAGAUUGGCAGCUAAUAAUGAGGAUGAAGCCGAUUUUUGGUAUCCAAUAGAAAAAUCUGGCAUCCUGUAAAACGUCAUUGAUGCUUCUCCUGGCCGUUUCGAAG